UAUGCAAUGACGUAAUCGUUGAGUCAAAGGUACAAGUUCACAAUAGCCUUUCGCUUCCUGAACCCUCCAGACUUUACCACGAUCUGAGGGAGGGAAAAAGCACGCAAAAUACGAUUCACAAUGAGCGAAGAAACGAAGGAAUGUAAGCGAAGGUGCGUUAAGCGUUCGAAAUCCGAAACAGAGAGUGAAGACGAGGACAGUUAUCCAACCGAAAGGAGACAGCAAAUCAAUGAAGGGGAAAGCGAGGACGAGAUCCGCUCUGUUUAUUGUUGUAGAAGCACACCACACUAUGGAGAAACAACGUCUUUGAAUAAUAUUCUUAAGGUCGUGUCUCUUCAAUCGUUUUCAACUUCUCGUCUAGCAUCAGAUCCUGGCUCUAAUAACCGACACUUUGAUUCAAGCGCGAGGGAGCAAGUACAGAGAAAUUCGGUUAUUAUCUCCGCGCCUUCCAAGACGAAAUGUGAACCCGAGAAGUCAGACCGGGAAAAAGAGACUCCGCAAAUCAACGGCAUCUAUACUCCUACUGUGUUCAACACUAAAUCAUCUAGCCGGGGCAAGCGGACCGAAAAACAUUUCAACAACAAUAAGGAUAAUAAAUAUUGGGAGAAAAGACAGAGAAAUAACGCGUCAGCGAAGCGUUCUCGGGACGCACGUCGCGUUCGAGAGCUCGAAUGUCAGAUACGAGCAGAGUUUUUAGAGGAAGAAAACCAUAAAUACAAGGUUGAAAACGAAAUGCUACGGGAGGAGAAUGAACGAUUGCUCAAGAUUAUAGAGAGUUUCAAUAACAAGCAGUAGUUUGAAGGUAUUAUAUAACCGCCAAACCCAGCGUAUAUUUUUAGAUAGGUCAUUGAGUUCCGAGAGUCAACCAAACGUGUAAAACAAUACCAUCGUUGAUUUGCGCUCUUUACGCUCUGUUAGGUUGUUGUUCGGCAUCGUCGACGAAUUACUGUCUUCAAAAAAGAAGAAGAAAAUACCCUAACUUGGACGUAUGAGAAGUUAAAGCAGGCAAAAAUCAUGUUUUCACCCUAAUUUUUAGAGCAAAUGCUUAAGGGUUUUUUAUUUACAUGGAGGUGGCUGUGACGCAAUCAUAGAUCAUACAUCGAAUCUCCGUGCCCUCUUGCACACAUGGGGCGAAGUUGUUUACAAGACCCCUUAGUUGUGAAGCACUUUCGACUAGCCCUAGUAUAACCACAAAGAUCAAAUCCAGAUCUAUAAGUUAAGUUAUAAAUGCAUAUAUACAUAUAUAUAUGUAUUACGAGAAAAAAACAAUGGGUGAUUAAGUAUAGCCAUAGCAGAAGGCACGAGUUUAGGUUUCACGUGUUUGAUAUUUCAUGGCCUGAUUUUAGAGGGUUGGUUGUCUUAAAAUUCUUCGUUUUUAAACGACUAUUGUAAAAUGUAGUAAUGCCAUUUAUUAGAUAAUCUUAUUUCUAGAAGAACCAAGGGAGAAAGAAUUUUACCCGUUUGAUGCCAUUCGGUAUUGAUAUUCUUACCGUUUCUAGCGUGUGGUAUAUUAUGCAAUCGGUAGUUAUAUAACACCGCCACCUUAUUGCAUAUCAUUAGACUGUAGAUUCCAUCUUUUUGUUUUACUUUUUAUCUUUGUCUAUCAUGAAAAAAUCCUUGACAUUGUAGUAUAAGAUACAGUAAAACCUCAAUAUAACGAUACAAGCCCCCUAAAAUUUGCAUCGUUAUCGAUAAAUCAAGAUUUUUUUUAUACUUUAUAGUUGUUGGUGCCAGAAAUUAAUAUCGUUAUAUUAAGGAUAUGGUCAAGAUGGACUAAAAAAAGUUAGAGCUAAUAGGAGUUUAAGUUAUUCUUACUGCAAUUUCGAAUAUUCAAGCAACUAUAACAUCUUCUGAAAUCUGUCAAUCAAGUUUGGAAUUUUACCUGGACACAUUUUGUACCCACCGGUUGGUCAUUGCAUUGCAUUGGAAUGGCUUGAUUGAAACAUUUCAAUGCUUUUGCCUGGUGGGAGUCCAAAUAUAUUUGUCGCUUGAAAUUUGUGAAGCAGAGAAUACUCAAAAUCGAAUUGAAUUCAAGAAAAUAAAAUUUAGCUCAAGUUAAUUAACAGUUAACUUUUUUUUAUAAGAAUGUUUAAUUUUUAGUAAGGGCCGUUCUUAUUUUUGGAGCAUUUUAAGGCUGAAAAUGAGAUGUUCUUAAAUUUUUGUUGCUUAUAAAAUACAUUACCCAAUUACUUAUUGGGAAGAAAUAUACACAAAUGAUCAAUAGCAAUAUAAUAUUUAAGGUUAUUUCUUAAUGAACACAAUUUAACACUGCAUUUUAGAACACAUAAGACUAAAAAAGCAAUGUUGCUACUACCUGAGCCUUGCAUGUUCUUAAAAUUUGGUGAAAUCUUGGCCUGUACAUUCUGAUAAAAAACGUUCCUUAUAAAAAAAGGGUGUAAUUCGAGAAAAGCUGGUUUUAGGUUUUAGUUAAUGGGGCUCUGGUGUAUUUUUGUAGGUUACAUGGCUUCUUUGUUGUAUAAUUUAUUGUAUGUAUAUAAAAGUAUACAACCUUUCAUUUCUAUAUCAAGGAUUUUAGAAUUAUUGCAGUUGGCAGACUUUUACAUUUCUUUUUCUCAUAGAGGAAGGGGGGUGGGGGGUUGUAACCCCCUUAAUUCUCUCAGUUCUGCCACUAUUGGUAUACACUCUUAUAAAACAGGGUUGACAGGUUAUAUAAUUAUUCUAUGAUCCAAUGUCUCCUUAAAAAAGCGCUGAAAAAAGUUCUUUUAAAAAGGUGAAAGCAGUCACCUUCCCGAGUUUUAUGUGGUUCAACUUCCAAAUGUACCUCUGUACCAGUCUCCAGCUCCACAGUAUUGCUUGUUUAGUUGUGGUUCUGGAACGUUUAUAUCAUAUUGAUUCAUGUUAUGUGUGACUAAUUCUGACUAUAUAAGUGGCAGAUCCAUGGGGGUUUUAUAGAUUCAGGAGUUUAGGAGCAGACAGUCUAGGGCUUGGAGAACUUUGGCAUAGUUUUUGUAAAUUUAGCCACCAUUUAAAAAGUUAUAGAUCUGCCAUUGUGUAUAGUUUAACAACUUUAUUAUGUAAAUAUUUCCUGGUUAACAUGUACCUAAAUAUGUAUCGAGCAUUACAUGUAAAAAUUAAUAGCUUGAUAAAAGGCAAUAUUAUAGAUUUUAUAAACUGUUUGAAUUCA